GGUCUCCCGUCUGCGAAGUCGCUCAACUGAAAACCCUAACCCAAACAACGACAUAGUCUCUCUCUCUAUCUCUCUCUCUCUCUCUGUCUCUCUCUCUCUCUCUUCUCAUUUCGAUCUAAUCGUCACUCAUAUAACCCGAUAAAUCUGCUUCUACGAUUGCAUUCCAUUGUACUUCCUGUUCUUCCUCACUUUCCAUUUUGUUCCAUCAAUUUCUGCUCGUAUUUGUGGAAGUCUGAACUCUUAAACCUUUGAGACUCGGGACUUUUGAUUAACGGAGCUUCCACGGCCACGUUCUUCCGGCAUAAAGAUUGCUACUUCAUUUGCUCAACUUUUUGGCGCAACAUUAGAGAUUAAAGAAAGUUCGCUGGAGUAAAAGCCACCAGAUUCUUAUCAUGACCUCCAAAGGUCCACGGUCCAAGCUUGACCAUGAGACAAGAGCUAGGCGUCAAAAGGCACUUGAAGCUCCAAGAGAACCUCGUCGCCCUAAAACACAUUGGGAUCAUGUCAUAGAAGAGAUGGUUUGGUUGUCAAAGGAUUUUGAGUCAGAAAGAAAAUGGAAAUUAGCUCAGGCGAAGAAGGUUGCUUUAAGAGCUAGCAAGGGAAUGUUGGAUCAGGCCACAAGAGGAGAAAGGAGAGUGAAGGAAGAAGAACAACGGUUGCGAAAAGUUGCACUUAAUAUUUCUAAGGAUAUGAAGAAAUUCUGGAUGAAAAUAGAGAAGCUGGUGCUUUAUAAGCAUCAACUGGAGCUUGAAGAUAAAAAAAAAAAGGCACUUGAUAAACAACUCAAGUUUCUUCUAGGACAAACUGAAAGGUACUCAACAAUGCUCGCAGAGAAUCUUGUAAAUGCACCCAUUCCUUACAAACCGGUGCAGCCAAAUUCUGAACAGGAGAGAUAUAGUAGUGAAUAUGAAGAAGGGGAUGAAAUUGACACUAACAAAUGUACAGAGGUAGAUGUUGAACCGCAUUCAGAUCCUGUGAACAUUGAUGAUGACUACGACAUACAAUCUGAAGAUAAAUCUGAAGAUGAUGAGCAUACUAUCGAUGAAGAUGAGGCCCUCAUAACGGAAGAAGAAAGGCAAGAAGAAUUGGCAGCCUUGCACAGUGAAGUGGACCUGCCAAUUGAGGAGUUACUCAAACGUUAUUCUGCAAAGGAAGUUAGCAGAGAAAGUAGUCCAGGAAAGGAUGAAGAUGAAGAUAAAGCUGAACCAACAGAGGUGGGGAAAGGCAAUGGGAAUUAUCUUCCCGCUGCCCAUAAAGGUGACACAAACAGCCCACAUGCAGUCACUGGUCGUCGUUGUAUGGAAAGCAAUGGUGGUGUGCCUGAUUUAGAAAACCACUUAUUAGAUGUUGAAACAUGUCAAGGUGGAAUUCCAUCAGACAGUAAUGGAGAGUCGGAUGAAGAACAUAUACUAUAUGACUUCAAUGAUGAACAGGAAGAUGGUGAUUUUGUUUUCCCUACAGGAGAAGAGAAGGAUGAUGAGACAACCUUAUCAGAGGAGGAGGAGCAGGCUAAAGCAGAAUCAAAUGAUUCCGUUGAUGAGAUUGCAUUGCUGCAGGAGGAGAGUGAAAUUCCUGUGGAAGAACUGCUUGCAAGUUAUGAAAGGUGCUGCAAUCCUGGUAAAGAUGCUGAGGAUGAAUCUGAUUAUGCUUCAGCUUCUGAGCAACCGUUGGAUUAUCCAGCACAUGAUGACAUUGAACUGAAGCAGCAGGAUGAUUCUAUGGAGAAAAAAGACGAACCUUCUGAACUUGAGUCUGUUCAUUUUCUUAUGGAACUACAGGAAGAAAUACCUGAGACAAAAUCUGAAGAAGAGAAGGAAAGCGAGAAUAGAAUUGCAGAUGCAGCUGCAGCUGCAAGAUUGGCACAACCGACGGGUAAUACCUUCUCAACAACAAAAGUGCGUACAAAGUUCCCUUUUUUCCUCAAGCACCCUCUUCGUGAGUAUCAACAUAUUGGGUUGGAUUGGCUUGUUACAAUGUAUGAGAAGAGACUUAAUGGGAUUCUCGCUGAUGAAAUGGGACUUGGGAAAACAAUUAUGACAAUCGCUCUCCUUGCACACCUAGCAAUUGAAAAAGGAAUAUGGGGUCCUCAUCUCAUUGUGGUCCCUACAAGUGUCAUGCUCAAUUGGGAAACUGAAUUUCUUAAAUGGUGUCCUGCUUUCAAAAUCCUUACUUAUUUUGGUAGUGCGAAGGAGCGCAAACUCAAGAGGCAGGGUUGGUUAAAGCCCAAUUAUUUUCAUGUGUGCAUUACAACUUACAGACUUGUUAUACAGGAUUCAAAAGUUUUCAAGAGGAAGAAGUGGAAGUACUUGAUUUUGGAUGAAGCUCAUCUGAUUAAAAACUGGAAGUCCCAGAGGUGGCAAACUCUUUUAAAUUUCAAUUCAAAACGGCGUAUCCUAUUGACUGGUACUCCACUGCAGAAUGAUCUUAUGGAACUCUGGUCUUUAAUGCAUUUUUUGAUGCCUCAUAUAUUUCAGUCUCAUCAAGAAUUCAAGGAUUGGUUCAGUAACCCAAUAUCUGGAAUGGUUGAGGGACAAGAAAAAAUAAACAAAGAAGUUGUUGAUCGCCUGCACAAUGUUCUCCGUCCAUUCAUACUCCGUCGAUUGAAAAGGGAUGUGGAGAAGCAGCUUCCUAUGAAAUAUGAGCAUGUCAUAUAUUGUAGACUGUCAAAGAGGCAGCGCAACUUAUAUGAAGACUUUAUUGCUAGCUCAGAGACGCAAGCUACUCUGGCUAGUGCCAAUUUUUUUGGCAUGAUUAGUAUCAUAAUGCAACUUCGCAAAGUUUGUAACCAUCCAGAUUUAUUUGAAGGUCGUCCUAUUAUAAGUUCUUUUGAUAUGGCUGGCAUAGACAUUCAAUUAAGCUCAUCAAUUUGUUCGAUUCUUUCUGCUAGUCCUUUUUCAACUGUAGAUCUUAGCGGUUUGGGGUUUUUAUUUACACAUCUGGAUUUUAGCAUGACUUCUUGGGAGAGUGAUGAAAUCAAAGCUAUUGCUACUCCCUCUAGUUUGAUCAAGGACCGGAUUGGCUUGGAUAAUCUUGAAGAAGUUGGCGCUGAAUUCAGGCUAACUGAGCAUCGGAAAAGGUUUUCUGGGACAAAUAUCUUUCAAGAGAUUCGCAAGGCUGUUCUGGAGGAGAGACUGAAACAAGCAAAGGAACGGGCGGCAUCGAUUGCAUGGUGGAAUUCCCUGAGGUGCCAGAAGAAACCAACAUACUCAACAACUCUGCGGGAUCUUGUUACAGUGAGGCAUCCAGUUUACGAUAUUCAUCGUCAGAAAGGUGAUCCUUUGUCUGAUUUGAACUACUCAAAGCUUGCUGACAUUGUGCUGUCACCAGUGGAGCGCUUCCAUAGAAUGGUUGAUCAGGUUGAGUGUUUUAUGUUUGCAAUCCCAGCUGCACGGGCCCCCCCACCUGUUUGUUGGUGCAGUAAACAUGGAACUUCUGUUUUCCUGCACCCAACCUAUCAAGAGAAAUGCUCUGAAAUCAUAUUACCCCUCCUAUCGCCUAUUCGCCCUGCAAUUGUCCGGAGGCAAGUGUAUUUCCCUGACAGAAGGCUCAUACAGUUUGACUGUGGUAAGUUGCAGGAGCUUGCAAUUUUGCUCAGGCGGUUGAAAUCUGAAGGUCACAGAGCAUUGAUAUUCACCCAAAUGACAAAGAUGCUUGAUAUCUUAGAGGCUUUUAUAAAUUUGUAUGGCUAUACUUACAUGCGUUUAGAUGGAUCCACUCAGCCAGAGGAGAGGCAAACAUUAAUGCAGCGGUUCAACACAAACCCAAAAAUUUUUCUUUUCAUUUUGUCCACCCGAAGUGGAGGUGUUGGUAUCAAUCUAGUUGGGGCAGAUACUGUCAUCUUCUAUGAUAGUGACUGGAAUCCUGCUAUGGAUCAACAGGCUCAAGACCGAUGUCACCGAAUAGGACAGACACGCGAGGUACAUAUUUAUCGGUUGAUAAGCGAGUGCACCAUUGAAGAGAACAUCUUGAAGAAGGCAAAUCAGAAACGUGCUCUUGAUGAUCUAGUUAUACAGAGUGGAGGCUACAACACUGAGUUUUUUAAGAAACUCGAUCCCAUGGAAUUGUUCUCCGGUCACAGAACCGAAGCCAUUAAGAAUAUGCAGAAAAACAAGAAUGGAAACAAUGGAGUGGAGGUUUCUGUAUCUAAUGCAGAUGUGGAAGCUGCUUUAAAAUAUGUGGAAGAUGAGGCGGAUUAUAUGGCACUGAAGAAAGUUGAAGAGGAAGAGGCUGUGGACAACCAGGAGUUUACAGAAGAAACAAUUGGGAGAUUGGAAGAUGAUGAAUUAAUAAAUGAGGAUGACAUGAAGGCUGAUGAGCCUGCAGAUCAGGGUGGCUGGAUUACAACUUCAAACAAGGACAGUGGGUUGAUGUUAAAUGGGAGUGAUCCAAAUGAAGAAGGGGCUUUAACUUUGACUAGUAAAGAAGAUGAUGUUGACAUGCUGGCUGAUGUUAAGCAGAUGGCUGCAGCGGCAGCAGCAGCGGGACAAGAAAUUUCAUCAUUUGACAGUCAACUGCGUCCGAUUGAUCGAUAUGCAAUACGUUUUCUUGAGUUGUGGGACCCUAUCAUAGACAAAUCUGCAAUGGAAUCUGAAAUUAGUUUUGAGGAGACUGAGUGGGAGCUGGAUCGUAUUGAGAAGCUUAAGGAAGAUAUGGAGGCCGAGGUUGAUGAUGAUGAGGAACCUUUUGUCUAUGAAAGAUGGGAUGCUGAUUUUGCAACUGAGGCAUAUAGACAAAAAGUUGAGGCUUUGGCUCAACAUCAGUUGAUGGAAGAACUGGAAUGUGAAGCUAAAGAGAAGGACGCAGAACUUGAAAACUGUGAUCAUGUGAAGAAUGAUAUGUCAACUGAUCAUAAACCCAAGUCAAAAAAGAAACCUAAGAAAGCCAAGUUCAAGUCUCUGAAGAAAGGAUCUCUUGCUUCAGAAUCAAAAACUUUGAAAGAAGAGUCACCAGUGGAAGCAAUGUAUAUAGACGAUGAGGUAGUCCAUCAUGAGGUGGUUGCUUAUUCAGAAAUCAUGUCACCUCAUUCAACUGCAAAGAAAAAACGUAAGAAAGCUGAAGCAGCAGCUGAUGCUGAAGAACAUAAUCCCACAAAGAAGAGAAAGAAACUCAAGAAGGCUGCUUCUGAAGCCAAUUCUGUAGCACUGGAUUCCAACUUGUUGGGUAAGCUAAGUGAUGAUUCCAAGGAGUUAAAAUCAUCUGAAGGUGUGGCUGUUGAUCUUGAACCAAAGCCAGUGAGGACUAGGAUGGGGGGAAAAAUUUCUAUCACCACCAUGCCAAUAAAAAGAGUUCUGAUGAUAAAACCAGAGAAGUUAAAAAAGAAAGGGAAUAUCUGGUCUAGGGAUUGUUUCCCAACGCCUGAUGCUUGGUUGCCACAAGAAGAUGCAAUAUUGUGUGCUGUUGUCCAUGAAUAUGGCUCACAUUGGAGCUUGGUGAGUGAAACACUUUAUGGAAUGACUGCUGGUGGGUUUUAUAGGGGUAGAUAUCGCCAUCCUGUGCAUUGUUGUGAGAGAUUUAGGGAACUCAUCCAAAGACACAUUUUUUGCACUGCAGACAGUCUUAAUAAUGAAAAAGUCGGCAAUGUUGCUUCUGGAAAGGCUCUUCUCAAAGUAACAGAGGAUAAUAUUCGAACGCUAUUGGAGGUUACCACUGAGCUGCCAGAUAGUGAAUCACUCCUUCAAAAGCACUUUACUGCCUUGCUUUAUUCUGUUUGGAGGAUGAAAUAUCGCUUUGAUGGUCGACAAAGCCUCACGUCUUCCCAAAAUGGCUUCAAUUAUGGUGGACGGUUGUUCAAUAACACCCUCAAUCAGACUUCCCAGCAUUCUGUCAAGGAACUGCCAGAGAAAAUGAAAUUCAAUAAUUCAGGUCAGAGCAUCAAGUUACUGGCAGCUGCACUUCAUGAUGUCAGCAGUAAAAAAUUGGGUGACGCAGUCUCCCUGUUUGAUCAGAUGGAAGAAGCUUCAGUCAUUCGAGAGCAGUUGGAGAUAACUCUAGAAUUUCAAAGAGAAAAGGAUGACUCCAUGGUUGCCAUGCCAUCUGUUGUAAAUCUGGUAAUUUAUGGCUCAGAUAUGCCAUCAUCUGCAAACAAGCCUUUUGGAGAAGAUCUACGUCUUAAAUCUCCCGGGGAUAUGGCUGAGAGCCGUUACAGGGCUGCAUCAAGAGUUUGUGUUGAAGAUAGCCUGACUUGGGCUUCGUCUGCUUUCCCAGCGAGCGAUAUCAAGUCUCGAUCAGCAUUGAAAUCACAGUCCCUGGGAAAGCACAAGCUGUCCACGACUGACUCAAUGAGGCCUCCUAAAUCAAAAUUCAAAAAAACUGCUUUGGAGUCCACUGAUAUGCCCCAACUAAUCAAUGAGCUGACAUGUCAAUCGACACCAGCAGUGACACCCAAUGGUCCCAAUCUAAGGUUUGACCUUGCAGAGUCCUUAAUUCCGGAUAUUGGGUUUGAUGAUUAUGAGUAUAAUCUCCCCUUUGGUAUGGACAAGGAUGAUCCUUUGGAAAAUGAGAAUUUCAAACUGGUUCCCCAUCACCAUGUUCCAGGAUUCAUCUCAGAUCUUGAAGAUUGUUCAUUAUCACGAGAAUACACUGACUUUGGGUAGGUUUCAUUCCUUGAGUUGAGCUCACUUGAAGUCUUUGGUUGGAUUACAUCUGGAGAGCAGUGCUUGUCGAACAAGUCUGGCAGGUGAAAAAGAAUCCAUUACUCAAGCUUGGGAUUUAUCAUGUGCUCUCGGGGUCGUUGAUUAGAGCGUGCACUGUGUUUUGGAUGCCAAUCAAGAGGAUGUGAUUUCGCACGUCUCUGCUUCCACUUCAGGAGAGAAUGGAUUUGUAUACUGGCGCUGCAGGAAGAUCAAGGAUGGAAGGUACAGAAGGUAACAUAAAGAUUUUGUAAUUUAGUUAGUGGGAAAAUCUGUGCUAAUUUUGUUGAGCCUUAACCUGACGAGCACAUUUCCCUCAAAGAAGUGGGGUGGGGGAGGGGGGAGGGAAUGAAGGUGCCUGUGGUUGAGAAUGACGAAGUAUCUUGUACAAUCGCAUGCAUGCACGCACCUAUGUGCAUAAUUUCAGGCACACCUGGCAGGUAUUAGCAAAAUUAUGGACGUCUUAU